CCGCCCUCUGCCCUACUCUUGAGUAACGCCAAUGAAAAGCGCUUCUAAUGCAACCGAUGGUCGGAAGAACCAAUCCCACUCUUCCAGGGCAGAGCGCAUGUAGAGCAGCGAGAGGCCUCUGGCCCAGCGGCGGGGAGGUUCCUGAGCUGGGAGCAGGGAAGAUCGGGUGGUCUGGAGGCAAGAGAUCGGACGCGGUCGCGGUAAUGGCUGAGACCUGAGUCAUUUCUCACAGGCGUCCCCUCCUCGCCCCGGGCCGGGCCCCGCCCCACCUUCUUUCUCCUGGUUGAGAUGGGCUCAGCCAAGAGCUCCCCGGUCACUCCGGCGCGGCCUCCGCCGCACAACAAGCUUCUGGCUCGAGUGGCGGACCCUCGUUCACCUAGUGCCGGCAUCUUGCGCACUCCCAUCCAGGUGGAGAGCUCUCCACAGCCAACCCUACCAGCAGGGGAGCAGUUGGAGUGUCCUAAUGAGGCCCAAGACUCAGAUCCCCGCUCUCCUACCCUUGGCAUUGCACGGACACCUAUGAAGACCAGCAGCGGAGAGCCCCCAAGCCCACUGGCGAAACAGCUGAAUGAAGUCUUUGAGAAAGAAGCCUCCAAAUCGAAUCUUCCUCCAGAGCUUGUUCUGCCCCUAGAAGCAACUUCACCUUCCGAAUUGAACUUGCCUCUGGGCACCCAGUUUUCCCUUGAGGACCGGAUGCCACUCUGGAGCCAGACUGAGCUCCCCUCCAAGCAGGUGUCCUCCAAGGAGGAAGCAGGACAGCCCUCACAACCCCCCACGGCCAGCCAGGGCUCCGACAAGCCCUUAAGAGACCCUGAGACUCCCCGAUCUUCAGGUUCUAAGCACAAUAGACGGAAAGGAAAUGGCAAGGUACUAGGGAGAUCUCCCCUCACCAUCCUACAGGAUGACAACUCCCCCGGAACUCUGACACCACGACAGGGUAAGCGGCCUCCUCCCCUGAGUGAAAAUGCUAGGGCACUAAAGGAAGGGGCCAUUCUGGGAACUGGACGACUUCUGGAAACCGGAGGCCGAGUGUGGGAGCAGGGCCAGGACCAGGACAAGGAAAAUCAGCACUUUCCAAACUUGGUGGAGAACUAGGCCGUGCGUGGCCCCAGCACCGGGUUCACCAGGGGCCUGGUGAUGUUGUGUCCUCACAGCCCCUUCUUUCCCUGGGAGACUGGAAAGGCUCGUUGUCUUCCACUCCCCCUAAACUACCAACUCGGGGGACCGAGCACUUUCUUAGGCUUUAUUUGUGUCUCGUGUGUUUCUUGUAUAUUAAAGAAAGUGAUUU